GUGGGUUAUUUUUGCUCUGUCUAGCCUAUUUAUCGUUUUUGAGUCGGUGAAAUUACUCAUCUUCGGAUUGAAUCAGGGCUGAGAUCUUGCCCAUAUCUCCUCGGGUGCACGUAACACCGAUUCAGGACAGGAAUCCUGCUUAAUCUCGUGUUUUCCAACCAGCCAGACAAUGCCGUGAGUGCAUCGGUUUCUUGAAGCGGUUUUGGGAACCUUGUGUGACCAUAAAAUGAAAGGCAAAGAGAAUUUGGAAAAAUUACAGGAGCUCUUUGCAGCGGCCAGCAGAGAUUAUUACCAAACGGGGGAAUGCAGGAGCAAAGUCCCAGCAACCAGACAUCCAUAGCUAUGAUGCAAGAGCCCCAAGAGAUGGUAGAGGAGACUGUGACCGUAGAAGAAGAUCCUGGUACCCCCACAUCUCACGUUUCUAUUGUGACUUCAGAAGACGGGACCACAAGGAGGACUGAGACGAAGGUAACAAAAAUGGUCAAAACCGUCACAACUAGAACGGUGCGCCAAGUCCCUCUUGGACCAGAUGGCCUCCCUGUGAUGGAUGGAUCAUCUCCUAUGGGUAGUUACACUGACUCCAUAGACAGAAGGCACAUGAAGAACGGAGAGCGAUACAUCACACCACAGGCAUCGUCCACCUUGACCCGAGCUUAUAACAGCUACAGCGAUUCCUAUCCCGAUGGUCAUGAUGGCCAGUAUCGUUCAUUCGUGAGCCACAACGGUUAUGGCGACCUCCCCGACAGCUAUGGAAGCUUAUCCCGGAGCGUCAAUUACCGCCCACAUUAUGCCUACGUUCCUGGGAACAAUUACCGGCCAGAGGACGGCAGCUUCACUUUGCCAAGCAGGAGGGAUAACUACGGGCCUCUUCCACAACCCCAGGCGCCAACUGGGAGCAAUGCAGACUUGAAUCGCUCCCAGCCGGAACGGUUCCAACCAGAACCGUACGGGCUUGAGGAUGAUAACCGCAGCCUCGGGGUUGACGAUGAAGGAUACGAACUAGACCCAGAGUACUCGACAGUGAAUCGGAGGACGUCAGCCGGGAUCCCUGAGAGAGGGAAACCUCACAAGGGAAGGAGCUACGAGGAUCCAAUCGAGAGCGAAAUUGUCAACGAGAGGAUCCCGUACUUGCAUGGCAGCUAUGCGGCACCUUUAGCGCAACCGGAAAGGGGCAGCAUGGCCAGCAUCGACCGCCUGGGCAAGCGCUCCCCUUCCAUCGACAGCAUCCGCAAAGACCCCCGGUGGCGCGACCCGGAUCUUCCGGAAGUCAUCGCCAUGCUCAGCCACCCCAUCGAUCCCGUUAAGUCGAACGCAGCAGCCUACCUCCAGCAUCUCUGCUACGAGAACGAUAAGAUCAAGAAAGACGUGAGACAUCUCAAGGGCAUUCCCAUCCUGGUGGGUCUCCUUGACCACCCAAAGCCUGAGGUGCACCGCAAAGCGUGUGGGGCCCUCCGGAACAUAUCCUACGGGAAGGAUAAUGAGAACAAAGUGGCGAUCAAGAACUGUGACGGGAUCCCGGCUUUGAUCAGGUUGUUGCGCAAGACGAGUGAUAUGGAAGUACGGGAACUCAUUACAGGCACCCUUUGGAAUCUGUCAUCUUAUGAGCCCCUCAAAAUGGUGAUCAUUAACCAUGGUCUUCAGACGUUGACCAAUGAAGUGAUCAUCCCUCAUUCGGGGUGGGAGAAUGAGCCGAACGAAGAUUCAAAGCCUCGAGAUGCAGAAUGGACCAUAGUCUUCAAGAACACGUCAGGGUGUCUGAGGAAUGUAAGUUCGGAUGGCGCUGAAGCACGCCGAAGACUCCGGGAAUGUGAAGGCUUAGUGGAUGCUCUUCUUCAUGCUCUGCAGUCUGCAGUGGGCAAAAAAGAUACGGAUAACAAGUCGGUAGAGAACUGCGUCUGCAUCAUGAGGAACCUCUCCUACCACGUCCACAAAGAAAUUCCAGGAGCCGACAAGUACCGAGAACUAGAAAAUAGCCAACUGGGAAGUCUGGGAGGUUCUCAGAAGAAGAAGAAAGAUGACGCCGGCUGCUUUGGUGGAAAAAAGGCCAAAGGAAAGAAGAAUGGAGAUGUGGACCGGAACUUUGAUACACUGGACUUACCUAAGCGAUCUGAGUCAGCAAAAGGCUUUGAAUUGCUCUACCAGCCAGAAGUCGUGCGGCUGUACCUCUCGAUUCUCACCGAAAGUCAGAAUUUCAAUACUUUGGAAGCAGCAGCGGGUGCUUUGCAGAACCUCAGUGCAGGAAACUGGACAUGGUCUACAUACAUCCGGGCAACGGUGCGAAAGGAACGAGGGCUCCCGGUCCUGGUGGAACUCCUCCAAUCAGAUUCAGACAAGGUGGUAAGGGCAGUAUCCAUUGCCCUGCGAAAUCUCUCCAUGGACCGCCGCAACAAGGAUCUCAUAGGUAGCUACGCCAUGGGGGAAUUGGUAAGAAAUUUGCCUAGCCGGCAGCAGAGAUCAUCAAAAAACCUAGAAGAGGACACGGUUGUUGCCGUCCUGAAUACAAUCCAUGAAAUUAUUACUGACAGUUCUGAAAAUGCCAGGUCCCUGAUCCAGACGCAAGGCAUUCAGAAGCUGGUUGCUAUCAGCAAAUCAAGCCAGUCCUCCAGAGAAAUGAAAGCAGCCUCUCACGUUCUUCAAAUGACCUGGAGUUAUAAAGAGUUACGGAGUGUUUUGCAGAAGGAAGGCUGGAAUAAAUCUCAUUUCCAGUCUGCUUCGGCGACUGCUAAGGGAUCUAAAGGUAUCUCUUGUAAAUCUGGAUAUGAUGACAGCACUUUGCCUCUUGUGGAUAAAAGUCAAGAUAAUGAGAAGACCGGAAGCCGGGACAUGAUUCCGAUGGAUGAACUUGGGCCAGAUGGCUAUUCCACCAUCGAUCACCGGGACAAGGAGCGGAAAUACAAAGCCAGUGACAACAUGGGAGAUGCGUCGGAGAAAGAACCGUUAAAGAAUGACACAAAUAGGAAAACGAUUAACAGGAGUAACAGGCCUUCAGUGACUCUGGUGGACACACGGGAUUCUAAACCCCAGCCUGUUGACUCCUGGGUCUAAUUUUGCAUGCACGGGCUAAGAUCCAGCCGCUUGUUUUACAAUUCUUGUUGUCAUUGUUUUCCUCGACUAAAAGAAGACUCAACUCACACACAUACCCACACACAC